UUCAGAUUUCUCUAGAAAUCACAAAACACGUCAACCAGUCGACCUCCUCGUGGGAAGCGCGCAGCGUGUAACUUACAUCAGAUUUAAACCAAUAAGCGUCUUGUAAAUUCGUGACAAUGAGCGAUAAUCAGUGGGAACCUGUCAUCAUCAGGAAAAAGUUACCAAAGGGAGUCUCUGCAAAAUCUGACAAAGUCGUGAAUGCGGCGAGACGACAAGGACUUGAAGUAGAGACAGUCACUAAAUAUGGGGCAGCUACAAAUAAGCAUACAGGGACCACUCUCAACACGGCAAAGCUUGACCAAGAGAGUGAAGAAUUGAAGCAUGCUUCACUUUCCAUGGAUGUAGCCAAGUUGAUUCAGAAAGGGAGACAAGACAAAGGGUUUACCCAAAAGGAUCUUGCAACUAAAAUCAAUGAAAAGCCUCAAAUCAUCACAGAUUAUGAAGCAGGACGUGGAAUCCCUAACCAACAAAUUCUUGGAAAAAUUGAGAGAGCCAUUGGAAUUAAACUGCGAGGAAAGGACAAGGGACAACCAUUAGAACCUCCAGCUUCCAAGGCAGCUGCUCCUACCAAAACAUCUAAAAAAUAGAUGUCAUUUUCUGUACCAACAAUUAAAAGAUUUUUUUUGUUUUCUUUUUCCUUCUUUUUUUUUUUUUGGUUUGAAAUAUGAUUUUUUUUUUAAAGAAGGGAGUGUUGCUGAUGUGGAUAAUUUUGGUGAAAAUAAAUAGACCGACUAUAGCAGGUUCUGA